CAAAAAGAACAAAACUAUCUCUAGUCUUCCACACGCCACGGCGCGCCCUUUAUCACCUUCUCCUCGCCCUUUCCCCUUACCCUGUCCGACAACCUGCAGGCCACCGCCGACGUCACCGCCGGUUAACGCUAGUAUAUGUUACAGCUUCAACACCAGAGCUCGAGCUUAGGCACUUAUUUUUAAAUUGUUAGCCUGCUGGUGAAUUAUAAUCUUGGUUUCUUAGAUUUUGGUGAAUAUGGGAGGUCAUGGAGGUUUAAAUAUUCUUCCCCAAAAGCGUUGGAAUGUUUACAACUACGAAAACAGAGAGAAAGUGAAGCGAGACGAAGAAGCUGCAGCUAAAGAAGAACAGCUUAAACGUGAGCAGGCUAGGAAACGAGAUGCUGAGUUUCGUCUCGAGCAGCUUCGUACCGCACGGGGUUUAGCUCCAGUAAUCGACACUUCAAAGCCAGUAGAAACAGACCUAAAACCUGGUCACAUAAAUCUAUUUGAAGGCAUCAAGAUUUUUGACCCAAUUAAGGGUUCAGACAAUGGGGGAGUGGAAGAUGGGUCUAAGAAGAAGAGGAUGAAGAAGGAAGAAGUGGAAAAAAAGGUUAUCACACCCGAAGAUGAGAAGUAUAAGUUAGGUUAUGGUGUUGCUGGAAAAGGAGUCAAAAUGCCAUGGUACCUUGAGAGGCCCAGCAAGGAUGACACGGAGACUGGCGAAAAUGAUGGAUCGUCGAGAGUAGGGAAUGGAAAUGUAAAGAAGGGAGAAAAAAAGACAUUGGAAGAAUUGAGGGCUGAGCGUCUGAAACGAGAGCAGAAGGAGAAGGGAAGGGAGCGUGCUUUAAUCGCAGAGAGAAGCCGGAAGAGUGGAAUAGCUUCAAGGGAAGGAGAUUCAUCUUCCAGGAGGUGGAAAUCCAGAAGAUAAAGACUCAGGUUUUCUGGAUCAUGAAUGAUAUUAUCAUGGCUCUAGCCCACAGUUUUUGAAGGAAGCUGACUUUCGGUAUAUUGAGAUGAUCUCUUUAGGAGCAAAUUCCAUUUCCAAAUCUCAAUAGGUUUGUGUUAUGAACAAAGGCCUCCUGAAUCCUGAAUAAUUUGAUGACAAUGUGGCUGAAAUUUAUCUGGGCCUUGUGAAAUUUGUAGUUUGGAAUUCAUGGGGACAAGAUUUGUGUACAGAUAAGGUAAUGUUCAUCAUUGAGAUACACCAUAUCAACUGUAAUAGUGGUUGUAGAACUUGACGUGCAGCAAGAGGCGGUUGUUACUGGUGACGUUCUCAAUGUUAUUACAAGUCAAUGUGAUCAGUAGAACAUGUGAUGUGCCUUGUAAAAGAAGGCUAUCAAAUGUCCUACCUAAAAUGCAAUUUGUUCAAAUGGCACAAUUAAAUGGUAAAUUAUCACUAUCAAUCA